CGUCGUAAAACUGUCGUGAUGUGUUGGACUCUAGUGUCCAAACCGAGAAGGAGUCGCCCCCAGAGACCGCCUCAUACACCAUAGCCAAUGCAAAAGCAUCAGGAUUUUAUUAAUUCUGUCAUGACAGGGUCCCCCAGCAUUCGGGAAGCUGAGAGACCUCGAAUAGCUGAAAAAGGUAUUUUCGCCGUUGGAUAUGUUGGAUAUGCGCCGUUGGAGCAUCCCCGAGUGUCCUCCCGCCUCUUGGACCUGGAAACUGCCAUGUGCAUGGGUUGUCCCUGUUGACCCAGUCUGCCUUGAGGAAAAGAAAAAGGUAGCCCACCGCCUGAGAGAUUUUUAUCAGGACUUGGUGACCUUUGAUGAUGUGGCUGUGGACUUCACCCAAGAGGAGUGGGUUAUAAUGGAUCAAGCUCAGAGAGACCUCUACAGAGAGGUGGUGCUGGAAAACUACCAGAACCUGUUCUCAGCAGGAUGUGACGUCAUCAAACCCAGUCUGAUCUCAUGGUUGGAGGAGGAAGAUUUACAGGAAGUGCAAAGAGAAGGUUUCCAGGAUGAGUAGUCAAGGGGAAACAGUUGUGAUCAGGAAGUUCCUUAAGUUUGGCAAUAGGAUGAAGGGUUUGGGGGGGGGGGUUGUUUGUUUGUUUGUUUGUUUUGUUUUUGUUUUCUUCCCUGUGAGUCAGGGUCUCACUGUAUAGCCCAGGCUGGCCCCUACAAUAUUCCCACCUUCCCCUUCUGGAUUCUGGGGUUGUGGAUGUACACCACCACACACAGCAUAAUGAAACUUUUUUUGUCUAUAAUUAAAACUUUAUUGAAAAACUGACACCAAAAUAGGAGAUCACUGUUGUAUACUUUAUAAAAUCAAACACAGCUACAUUGUCUUGGUAGAGUCACUAAACUUGGUAAGGCUUUCUGUGAAAAACGCAAACUCAGGAACUUGUAUAGAUGAUUAGUGUUGCUUUCUUCUAAAUGAACAGCCUUCUGUGAGCCUGGCUUUUCCUCCUGUUGGCUGGCACAAAACUGUUGAACAACCUACACAAAGAACCACUGUCUGAGCAUGGCUGAAAACUGUAGUAAUCUUGUAGCAGCCU